CUAACCUUGUGGCUUGUUGCGGUUCCUCCAAUUGCAAUGGAUUCAUUGAUUCCGUUCACAACGUCAGGAUCCCUAGUGGAUUGCGUCGACAGGAAGAUGCUAGUGGUGCUCAGAGAUGGUAGGAAACUUCAGGGCGUUUUGCGCUCAUACGACCAAUUUGCCAACCUUGUGCUGGAGGACACAAUGGAGCGAAUAUACUGCGAAGACGUCUUCGCCGAAGUAUGGAGAGGACUGUUCCUUAUUCGUGGCGAGAAUGUUGUGUUGCUGGGUGAGGUCGACCUGGAUCAAGAAGACGACGUGCCGCUGCGGCAGGUAGCAUGGGAAGAGCUGGAGCCUUACCACAGACAAGAAGUUGCGGCCAAAAAGAAGCGAGAAGAACUCAAGGCUCAGGUCUUGUUUGAGCAGAAAGGCUUCUGCAAGGAGGGCGGUGAAGGAGACGGAUACUGAGUAUCCGAGUAACAUAUCUCCAGACCUUUCUCGUACUCUUACAGAGAUGGGCUCAAUGUUGGCAGAUUCAUUACGCCAGAGCCAUCUUCAUUUUCGUAUUGCGCUGCCUUUCCCUCCAUAAUAUUAAUUCUGGCUACAGUAACAGAGCGCACAUUGAAUCAUCAUCUGUACAUCUUUAAGCUGACUUGAUGGUACACGAACAAUGAUG